ACUGGAGUAAAUGGGAACAUUAAUUUAAAAACUUUUACUUAUCAUUAAACACUUUUUGUAACAUAAUUUAAAAAAUUAGUCCUAAAAAAUUUCAUUACCGCAACAGUCAGAAAACAUCAACACUGACAUAUUUUCAAAAUGACAUGACAAACCUGAAAGAACAUAAUUUGGAGAUUCUGCACAUGCAUUUAAAAUCAAAGUAUUAUGCUUCUAUUAAUUAAAUUAACAUUUAAUAAGCAUCUGUUGCGGUAAUGAUAAUCAAAAUGUCGUGUAAGCAUUCUGACAAGACAAUAUUUCAAAUUAACUGUAAAAAAAUGAUCUUACCUGGUAGCCAUCUUGAAGUAACUGGUCCAUGUGCUUGGUCACUCAAAAUCAAACUUUAUUAAAAUUCUGUAUGUGUGCUUAAACUGUUCUCAAAAAGUGUUGCGGAGGAUGAGAACAUCAAGCAUGGACACAUCAUUUUCCAAAUUUUUCUUCAUUAUUAUACAUGAAUAUUCAGUAAAUAUUUUUUCUGUCAUCUAAAGUAGUCUAGCAAAACAUCCAUUUAUUUUUUUUCUUAAUAUUUUUGUGUUAAUUUGAUUAAAUUACAACAUAACGCAUGUUCAAACACAGCCGGACACAUUGCGGUAAUGAGAAUUUCAGCAGAAAAUUAGAUAAAAUUUACAAUUAUAAAUUCUUAUGUUGAAAUCACACAUUUUGCAAGGUAGAACACAGUAUUGUGUUAAUUCUGAUGCUUUUUAAUGUUACUAUAUUACACAUUUUAAAGCUAAAAUCAUUAGUGCCGUGGUGUUUCAAUGGUUUCGUGAGAAUCACCCACCUAGACCAAUAUUUAGUGGACUUGUUGUUUUUGGAUUAAUGGAGUUGAGUUUACCAAUGCCCAACAACCACUGGAGGGCGCAAAGCCACAAACACACCUCCAAAGCUUCACCAGUCCAUAUCCAUGUUCUCCCUAAAUCCCGUCCUGAAAGACAGCUACAUUAAAUCAUGUUGCUUGUGUCUGUUUUCUGGUUGGUACUCUGUUUUUCAUCUCUUUAUCACACAUACAUGCAACAAUUCCCAUUUCCAAUUGUUCAGAGAUCUUUAAUCCAUCUUCAGAACGGCUUAAUGCAGUGUGGCUCUAAUAGGAUCGCCGGUAUUAACCUCAGGAACAAUAACGCCAGCUGUCACAGAGCCCCCUAUUGGUCAGCCUUGAGUAUAGGAUAAAGGUUGAGAUGGUUCAGAAUGGAGAGACGAAGAGAGAGAGUAUCUGUGCCCGUAUAAUGUGAUGGGGUUUAGCCAUGCAAGGAGUGACCAUCCGUGGAUAAACCAGUGCUUUUUUCUCAGGAGGACAUCUACAUAUCUACAUAUCCAACUUUUAUUUCAUCUGCAUGUAUAUUUGAAUUUGCUCCCGAGGUACGCUUGCACCCUUGGGUGUUUGUAUGGGUGAUUGAGCGGGUGGUGGACGGGGACGUGUCACCAUGGCCCUGGGUGCGGUGUGGAGCCGUGUUAAAAAUGUGUGCCAACAAAACGGCCUCCUCAUCUUGUCAGUAUUGGCCGUGGUUAUCGGAUGCCUCCUGGGCUUCUUCCUGCGCUCAAAGCACCUUUCUGAACAGGAGGUGAAGUAUUUCCAGUUUCCAGGGGAGUUACUAAUGCGGAUGUUAAAGAUGCUCAUCUUGCCUCUUGUGGUCUCCAGUUUAAUGUCUGGUCUAGCAGCACUGGAUGCCAAGUGUUCCAGUCGGCUGGGCAUCAUGACAAUCUCAUAUUAUCUGUGGACGACCUUUGUUGCUGUGGUGGUGGGCAUCGUCAUGGUUAUCAUCAUCCACCCGGGUGGAGCAGCACAGAAGGAGGACUCUGAAGACAGCGGCAAGCCCAUCAUGAGCUCAGCUGAUGCUCUGCUGGACCUUAUACGCAACAUGUUUCCUGCCAACUUGGUUCAAGCAACUUUUCAACAAUAUCGCACAAGAAGUAUUCCCAUCAUGAAGCCCAAACCCACCAGCAGUCAGGAUUUACAGGACACCACAACCAGACGCGUCUUCAUUUAUGGAAUCCAAGAUGACAAUGGCACAGACAUUCAGAAUUUCUCCCUCGACCUGACGCCACCUCCUGAUGUUGUCUUCAGGACGCUUCCAGGCACCAGUGAGGGCAUGAAUGUACUUGGUAUUGUGAUCUUCUCAGCUACUAUGGGUAUAAUGCUUGGAAGGAUGGGCCCAAAUGGCAGCGCUCUGGUCAACUUUUGCCAAAGUCUGAAUGAAGCUGUGCUGAAAAUUGUGGCUAUUGUUAUAUGGUACUUCCCAUUUGGGAUUGUGUUCCUGGUAGCUGGAAAGAUCUUGGAAAUGGAUGACCCUUCAGCCAUGGGAAAGAAACUGGGUUUCUAUGCUAUUACUGUAGUGAUGGGACUGGUGCUUCAUGGCCUCUUCAUCCUUCCUUCUAUGUACUUCUUCAUCACCAAAAAGAGCCCCAUCGUCUACAUCCGAGGCAUCUUACAGGCCCUGCUUAUCUCAUUAGCCACUUCAUCCAGCUCUGCCACACUGCCUAUCACCUUUAAGUGCCUCCUGGAGAACAACCACAUUGACAGACGAAUCAUUCGCUUUGUACUUCCUGUCGGAGCCACUAUUAACAUGGACGGUACAGCCUUGUACGAAGCUGUGGCGGCCAUUUUCAUCGCUCAGGUCAACAACUACGAGCUGGACUUUGGGCAGAUCAUCACCAUCAGUAUCACUGCUACAGCAGCCAGUAUAGGUGCUGCUGGCAUCCCACAGGCUGGUCUGGUAACCAUGGUGAUAGUUUUAACUUCAGUGGGACUCCCUACUGAUGACAUCACUCUCAUCAUCGCUGUGGAUUGGGCCCUGGAUCGAUUCAGGACAAUGGUGAAUGUGAUGGGCGAUGCUCUUGCCACAGGAAUCAUGGCACAUAUAUGCAGAAAAGACUUUGUGAAGGAGGGUGAAGAGAUUCCUCUAAUUUGUGAGACCAAACCCAUGAUCAGCAUCCAACAGAUGAUAUCCCAUCAGAAAAACGGUUUCCAGCCUCCUCCACCAGGCCCCACAAGGAAACCCUCUCACCUUUCACCUGACGUGGCCCGCCUCAUGCAGCUGGAGGAGGGCAUCAAGCCAGAAAAGAAAAAGUCCCCACACUUGUCUCCACACAAUUAUAAAAGAGCGCACAAAGACAAGGACCACUGUGCCAUUGAUAUGAAUGGCCUGGAGACCAAUGUCUAGACUCUCUCAGAGCAUGACUGGUGCAUUUCAUCCCUCAUAGAGACCAAACAAAAAGACCAAGUGCUCAGAAAUGACAGCCAAUCUUGCGCUUUUACUUUCUGAUACCACAGAGAUUACAGAUCUUUGGACCCGGUUGCCGUUUGCUGGAUCUGUUCCUUGUUUCUUUUAAAUAUCACAGAGCAUAAUAAGCAGAUAUGUGGAAAAAGAUCUGUGUGUAUAUAUAUAUAAGUGCUUUGUCAUUGUGUGUUUUCCUUGUUAUCUAUCAGCGACAAAAGACGCCAUGUAAAACUACUGAUGUUUAUGGACAGUAUACAGUACUUAUGAAAUAUGGUUGUUUUAUUCUGGUUUAUUUUGCUUUUGCAAUAUUUUUAAAUUUUUUUUAAUGCUUUUUCUGUUUUUUAUUAUAACAGAGAGAAUAAAUGUUGUCUCCUGGACAUGAUACAAGCACCAGUGACCAUAAUACAGUGACCUCGAAAAGUACUGCAAUGGUUAAAUGUCAUAUUUUGAGGAUUACAGUGCAUUAAAGAGGUUUGCUCUGUUUACCGGAAAAACGGCUUAUGGAAAAGUAGCACAUAAUCUUUUCUGUAGUCCUGAUAAAACACACCCAAGUUAGGAUUUACAUGAAAUAUUUUUAAUAACAAAAAUAUAAUGAAAUAUAUUUUAUCAUAUUUUAUCAUUUACUUACCCCUUAAUUUUAAUGCAUUUAUUUCCUGUUGACCUUAAUGACUUUUACUAUAUAGACAAAAAAUAUUUUUUGGGGGUGAAAUAUUUCUGUGAAUGAAACUCUUCCACAAUAGAAAGAAAAUCUAUGAUGAUGCAUAUUACAGUUUUUGGGAUCUGGAUUUAUCUCCUUGUGUAUUUGGAUGCAAAAAUUCAUAAGAUCAACGUUUUAAGAAAAGAACUGAGCAGUUAAGAGGAUAAAACAGAUAAUGGCCUUCUCAUUUUAAAGAGUGAGACUAAUUUUCAUACAGUAUGCAUUUUGCUUCUGUCAUUCGUUUGCGUCUGUCCUUCAGACUUCCAAGAAGAGCAAGUCGGUUUUCUUUACAGUUGCAAACUUUAUGGACUUGCAAACCAUGCAAAAAAUUCCAACCCUUACAGGAUUCUUUGUAUAAACAUGUCAAAUACGUCUGACUCGCAUAUUGACCAUGGUUCAUCUGCUAGGUUUCAAAAACAGUGGAAGGCCAUUAAAAUUCUUUUGUGAUACAGCCAGAGCAAAAAUAUUACAGUUAUGCCUUUUAUUUAAGCAACCUCCAAACCUAUAAAUCUUUAUCCCACAAAAUAAAAAGAUCCAAUUUUGUUCAAUGGUGCAUUAAAUAUUUUGCUAUUGUAUGUGCUUGCAUGAAAGGUCUGGCAUAAUUAUUUUGGCCAGCGAGGAGGUGACCGGUUUGUAAAUAGUUUCUGAAAUGCAUACAUGUAUCAGAAUGGCAGCAUGUGGCUGUGUAAUGACAAACGAUUGCUAAGAAGCAGAAAGAUGCCCAUGUUGUGCCCAUGCACUGCUGAAAUAACACUGGCACAGGUCCAUAACACUGCAGGAAUCCUAAACACGGUAAUUGCUCAUUACGAAAGUACAGUAAAAAUGUGACCUCUCAUUCUGCAUGAACACAUUUCCACUCUUCAGACAGCUGCUGAGCUUCACUAAUCCUCUUUCUUCUGGGUUUUAUGAACGAGUAAAUUACUGUGCUCUUGCCAUCCACUUACUGGUAGUAGAAGCCAUCCUAAUUUGAUGCAUUCACAUCUAACUGGAAUCUAGUUAUAUACAAAGAUGUUUACAAAGAAACAGAAACAUGAAAUCUUUAAAAAAAAAAACAUUUUGUUACAUACACUGACUGUCUGUACAGUUUUCAGGGACAGACUGUGAAUGCACUGGGAGAUAAGAGCAUCAAUUACUGUUGCAUCUAAAAUACAAAAAUGACCAAAUAUUAAAGGUAAACAUCACAGUUUUUCAAUAUUGUACUAUGUUCUUACAUCAACUUAGGCAAAUUAAUACAUACCCAUCUAUUUUUCAAUGC